AUGUCCAUCUCAUUAUUAUCUUCUGAUUCGGAUUCAGUAAUUGCCGAAAAGCUGCAAUACCUAGGCAAAGGGAAAGUUCUGUACGAGCCUUGCUAUCGCCCAGGAAUUAGUUUAGUGUCAAUUGAGAAUCCUGAUCACCAUAAUGCAUUAUCUGGGAAAAUGAUGGCCGAACUGUACAGAAUUGUCGGACAUCUUGAGAAGGACACGAAUGACAAUCGUGUAGGGGUAAUAGUUACUGGUGGGCCUAAUAAGGCAUUCUGCGCUGGUCUUGACACAGACCUUGAUUUUGCUGGUCAGUAUCUUAAAACUCCUGAAAGUAUAUCAGCUAUGAACAAAUUUAUGUACGGUAUCCUUGCACGAUUUUCUCGUUUACCACUAAUCGCUGUUGGGUCGGUGGCUGGACCAGCGGUGGGAGGAGGAACUGAAUUGAUUGCUGCCAUGGACUUUAUCUGUAUGGGAGAUACCGCCUAUCUAUCGUUUGUACAAGUACGCAACGGACUUCCAUCUCCUUGGGGCGGUGCAAGACGACUGAUAGAGAGAAUUGGUCGUAAAAAUACUCUUCGUAUUCUUGGUACUGCUGCCAAAGUCCAUGCCACCGACGCUCUUCAAAUAGGAUUAGUGGAUGUUAUAGUAACCGAUUCAGACUACAGUCUUGUUCUUGAAAGUUCGGUGCAAUUUAUUCAACAUUUUAUAGAUGCAAACGGUAUAAAGAGGAUGCCGUGGGCCGUCCGUAGUAUGAAAGCUCUUGUGGUGCAAAAUGAAAUCCAAGACACAGAAGCUGAAUUGAUGCUUAUCCAGUCUACACUAAAAAGAUCAAACUUAUAGACAGGCAGAGUUCAUAAUAUAUUUCAAUCUUUUAUAUAAUUUAACAGGGAUUUCUUUUUUAAAAAAAACACUGCUUAUACCUUUGUUUUCAUUACUGCACACAGAAGUAAUAUUAUACUUAAUACUCGGCUGAAGGCUACAAAAGAAAUUAAAAUAUUAUUGUGUACGUUACACAUUUAUAUGUAUUUCUGUUAAACU